AUGUCCAAAGACUCCUCUCCAAACCACAUUCACUUCCACCAUCCCCGCCUUGCCGACCUCUUCGAAGACUUUAACCGCCCACACACGUCCAUCUUCACCAGUACAACCACCACCACUACCUCUACCACCAACGCCAAUCAUCCCACCACCGUCACAACUGUUACAACCACCAACAACCCCUCCUCAUCCAUCCCAGCCACCAUAAACUCCUUCCUUCCUGUCGAAGACAUCUACGUCUCCCCGCAACAUCAACCCGUAAAUCCAGAAGAUGAAGACGACGUAGUUCCAGACCAACAUGCCGUGUUUGGUAUUACGUGCGCGAUGGAUGCGAGGCGGGAGAUUGUGUGGAGAGAUCUAGGGCUUGGGGAGCUCAUGCGUGGAGCGAGGUUGGCGGAGCGGAGUGGCGGGGUUGGUGUUUUUGUGGGCGCUGCUGGUGGUGGUGGUAGUGGUGCUGGUUCUGGGGGGAUUAGGAGAGGUGGAGGGGUCCCUGGUGGUGGUGGUGUUGGUGGUGGAGGGGUGAGGAGAAUUUUGUGUUUGAGAUGA